UACACAGCUCUGCACCACGCACAUCACACACACACAGCUCUGCUGCAUACACAUAACUUCAGCUCAUCCAGCAGCGAUCACAACCAGCACAGCAGAGUCCUGCAUACACUGAGCAGAUGAGCCUAGAGCAGCAGCCCCUGAUCAUGUGACUCCUCCUCCUCCAUGUGACUGAUCACAUGACGGUGACAUCAUCGCAGGUCCUGUACACGGCUCCUCUACAGAUACAGGUUUCUCCAAUCCAGGAUCCUCUGCUGAUAUCUUCUAUAUAAGAGAAUUCUCCUGGAUGACCCAUCAACCAUGGAGAGAGACAGGAACAAGAUGGCCGACAGGAUCAUAAACCUCACCCUACAGAUACUCUUCCGGCUUACUGGAGAGGAUUACACAGUAGUGAAGAAGUCCUCUAGUGGGCGCUGUCGGGCCCCAGUGUGUGAAGGAUGGGAGAGAACCCUGAGCCCAAUCCCGGGGCCCCCACCUCACUCCCUGAUACAUGAGGAAAUGGAUGAACAGAAGAUCCGAGAACUCAUCAACAAGAUGAUGGAGCUGCUGACUGGAGAGGUUCCUAUAAGGUGUCAGGACGUGGCGGUCUAUUUCUCCAUGGAGGAGUGGGAGUAUGUAGAAGGACACAAGGAUCAGUACAAGGAUCAGGUCAUGAUGGAGGAUCAGCAGACCCUCACAUCACCAGAUUCUUGUAGCAGGAGAUCAGAGGAGAAUCUUAUAUCUUCAGAUUAUAAAGCAGAUGAUGAUAUCACACAAGAUACAUAUGAAGAACAUUCCAUUAUCCCAGAUACACCCUCAGCCCUUCACAGCCAAGAUCUGUCAUCUCAUCCUUAUAUACAGGUCCUGUCUUCUCAGUCAUCACAGGAUGUUCAGAAAAAUAAAGGUCACAAAAGGGGCGUUGAACAUAAAAGCACUCAAACAGGAGAGAAGGAAUUUUCAUGUUCAGAAUGUGGAAAAUGUUUUGGUCUAAGAUCGAUAUUGGUUGAACAUCUAAGAAUUCACACAGGAGUGAAGCCAUAUUCAUGCUCAGAAUGCGAGAAAAGUUUUGCUAGGAAAUCAAAUCUUGUUCAACAUAUAAGAAUUCACACAGGCGAGAAGCCAUAUCCAUGUUCAGAAUGUGGGAAAUGUUUUAAUUAUAAAUCAAAUCUUGUUACCCAUCAAAGAUCACACACAGGGGACAAGCCCUUUUUAUGCUCAGAAUGUGGAAAGUGUUUUUUGGACAGAGCAAAACUCUUUAAUCAUCAAAGAACUCACACAGCCAAGAAGCCAUUUUCAUCUUCAGAAUGUGGAAAAUGCUUUACGAAUAAAUCAGAUCUUGUUAGCGAUCAAAUAACUCACACAGAAGAGAAGCCAUUUUCAUGUUCAGAAAAUGGAAAAUGUUUUACGAAUAAAUCAGAUCUUGUUAGCGAUCAAAGAACUCACCCAGAAGAGAAGCCAUUUUCAUCACAGGCUAUUAAAAAAAAUGAAAAUCACAGAAAGGGUGUUGGACGAGAUUGUGGAAGAGCGAAACCAUUUUCAUGUUCAGAAUGUGGACACUCUUUUUCUGUAAAAUCAAGUCUUGUUAGACAUAAAAGAGUACACACGGUGGAGAAGCUAUAUCCAUGCUCAGAAUGUGGAAAACUUUAUUUGGAGAAAUCAAAACUUUUGUGGCAUCAAAGAACUCACACAGGGGAGAAGCCAUAUUCAUGUACAGAAUGUGGGAAAUGUUUUACUGAGAAAUCAGUACUUAACACACAUCUAAGAAUUCACACAGGUGAAAAGCCAUUUUCAUGUGCAGAAUGUGGAAAAUCUUUUACUCAGAAAUCACAACUUGUUAAACAUCAAAUAAGUCACACCGGAGAGAAGCCAUUUUCAUGUUCAGAAUGUGGGAAAAGUUUUACUGAGAAAAGACAUCUUGUUAAACAUCAAAGAAUUUACACAGGAGAGAAUCCAAUUCAGAGCAAUAAAUGAUGCAGAUAAGAAAUCUAUAUAUUAAACAUGUACAUAGGUGUUAUAAUUAUAGUCCUGCGUGCUAAUUGUAAAGCAUUAAUUGCAUAUGUACAAAAUGUCACCAGCCACUCCAGAGAUCCAGGAAUAUAUUUUAAUGCACACACAAAAAGGGUUAAAGGGGUUAUCCAGGAAAAAACUUUAUAUAUAUAUAUAUAUAUAUAUAUAUAUAUAUAUAUAUAUAUUUAAAUUAGCUCACCACAUCACCUUCACAGGUAGUGUGUCCUGCAAAACAGCUCAGGCUCCAUUUAAGAAGUCUCAGAACUGAUUGGGAUUUAUGCCAAGCCAGAACUCUCUCCAGAAGGAAAGAGCACCCAUCUGCAGACAGCUGUUUCGGGGUGUUUGCCCCUCGUCAGUACAGAGCAAGGUGAUCUCGCUUGGCUGUGGUGAGAGGCCUGUGGCUUUAAACGGGGUCAGUACUUUCCUCGGGGAGAGGACACUUCUUCAGGUGUAACGGAGAUUCAAAUUAGGCCAUUUAGCACUCCGCGGGUUGAUAUAUAUAUAUGACAGCCGUCACGCCCCCUCCCAUAGACUUGCAUUGAGGGGGCGGGACUAUGACGUCACAAGCUCCCGGGAACAGUUUGUUCCAAAUGCUGAGCAGCAGAGUACCCCUUUAAAGGGGUACGCCGGCCCCAAGACAUCUUAUCCCCUAUCCAAAGGAUUGGGGAUAAGAUAUCUGAUUGCGGGGGUCCCGCUGCUGGGGACCCCCGCAAUCUAACAUGCAGCACCCACCUGUAAGUACUGCCGGAUGCGCUGGAGGCUCUCAGUGUUAUGCCUCCCGACCACGGGGACGGGCGGAGCGUGAAGUCACACGGGGGUGGAGUUGUGAUGCCACGCUCCGCCCCAUCAAUGCAAACCUAUGGGAGGGGGCGUGACAGCUGUCACGCCCCCUCCCAUAGGCUUGCAUUGAGGGGGCGGAGCCGUGACGUCACAAUACUCCGGCCCCGUGAUCGGCAGUCAUCAGGCUGAUGGUAAUGGGGUGCUGCGUGAAAGAUCACGGAGGUCCCCAGCGGCGGGACCCCCGCGAUCAGGCAUCUUAUCCCCCAUCCUUUGUAUAGGGGAUAAGAUGUCUUAGCGCCGGAGUACCCUUUUAAGAUGCUUCUCCCUUGCUAGUGGCUAACUAUAGAAUAUAGCUUACACAACUAAGAUAUGUAUAUUUAGAGCACUACACGUGGCUUCAUUCAGCCAUCUUGUCUUUUUCUGGCCUUCAAUAUACUGACUAAUUAGAUGUCAUAUCAUAUAGU